AUGUCGGUAACGCCCAGUAAUUUGUCACUUACUGGGAUGAGUUCCUUCCCCGAAAAUCAUAGUGUUAUGGAUAAGCCUCGCGAGCAAAGAACUUUGAAUGUUUUUCUAUUCUGCUUGACUUUUAUCAUUGCAUUCACAGCACUUCUGGGCAGCAUUUAUUCACUAGUUUCCCUGCUGAAAAUGCAAACCAGAACCACGGUUUCAAUGAUCGUGACCUCUUUGUCAAUAGAUGAUUUGAUCAGCAUUGUGCCAGUGAUUAUUUUCAUGCUCACCCAGUGGUCAAGUGAUGUCCUCCCCCAGUCUCUCUGCACCACCUCAGCGCUUAUAUAUUUAUUCCAGGGGAUUUCUAGCAACCUGAAAGGAUCUCUUCUAGUUUCUUACAACUUCUACACUAUCAGCAAAACUGAGACAAUGAGCUGCAGCACUUCCAAGCGACGGGUGAACAUGGUAUGGGCCAUUCUUACCAUUUGGAUUGUCAGUUUGCUGAUCUGCGUUUUGCCUCUCUGUGGUUGGGGCAAGUACAUCCCUACUUCCUGGGGCUGCUUCACUGACUGUGCCAGUUCCUACAUCUUGUUUUUAUUUAUUGUCUACUCACUGUGCUUUUGCCUUCUCACAGUGCUGUCUGUUCCUCUAACUUACCAGCUGUUGUGCUCAGAUGAGCAACAGCUAUUACAUGGUGAUUACCAGGAAGUCUCUGGAGGCUACAUCACCCCUGGGACUCCUGCAGGCUGUGGUACUGCUACUUUCUCUCUGUCACCCGUGGACCCUGUGGAUAAAACCCUGAAGCAUUUCCAAAACACAUGUCCAUGCUCGGAGGCAGUUUUUAGGAAAGGUGUGGCUGGAAGCAGUGCACUCGAGCACCACUGCAUGAACAGCAUACAGAGCAGGAGCUUCAUGGUGGGCUUUGCCCAGAAACGAUUCUCACUGAUUCUUGCAUUGACAAAAGUCAUCCUCUGGCUUCCAAUGAUGAUACAAAUGGUUGUCCAGCACAUCACUGGUUUCCAAAGCUUUUCGUUUGAGGCGCUAAGCUUCCUGCUUACUUUGCUGGCUGCCACAGUCACCCCAGUAUUUGCCCUGUCAGAACACUGGAUCCACCUGCCCUGUGGCUGCAUCAUUAACUGCAGGAGGAAUUCUUAUGCAGUGUCUUCAGAAGAACUCAAAACCAAACGUAGAGGUUUCGAAUUCAACUUGUCAUUCCAGCAAGGUUAUGGAAUCUACAAAAUCUCCCAUGAAAACCACCACCACCACAGUGGAGAUGGUCAGUCUACAUCCUGUCACAACCUGGUGAGUGAUGACAGUGAUAACUCUAAAGAACCUGGGAGCAGAAGUACUGACCUCCCCCACUGUGGGACAGCAGCAUUCAGCAUCCUGGCCCUGGCGGAAUGCUCCCAGGAUGUCCCACCAGGACCAGUGGCCAGGCAGGACCCCAGCAAGGAGGAGGGCACCGACCUCCUCCUUCCUGACAAAUGGGGAACCCUUGACAGAGAAGAGGGCAGAAAUUCUGAGCAGUCAACUUUCUUUGGAGAACCAGAAAGGAGGCUGUCACAGGAGGAAAGCCAUAAACCUGAACUCACAGAUUGGGAAUGGUGCAGGAGUAAAUCAGAGAGGACCCCUCGGCAGCGAUCAGGUGGGGCCUUGGCUGUCCCUUUGUGUGCAUUUCAAGGAACUGUAUCUCUUCAGGCACCCACAGGAAAAACACUGUCUUUAUCCACAUAUGAGGUAAGCACUGAAGGGCAUAAAAUAACACCCAUGUCAAAGAAAAUUGAAGUGUAUCGAUCUAAAAGUGUUGGUCACGAGCCAAAUGCUGAGGAGUCUCCUAAUACGUUUGCUGACACAAGUGUUAAAAUUCAUUUAGAGGUACUUGAAAUUUGUGACAAUGAAGAGGCCCUGGAUACUGUGUCAAUCAUCAGUAACAUCAGCCAGUCCUCAACACAGGUAAGGUCUCCAUCCUUACGUUAUUCACGGAAAGAAAAUAGGUUUGUCUCAUGUGAUUUAGGGGAAACUGCCUCCUACUCCCUUUUCAUACCAUCAAACAAUCCUGACAGCGAUAUUAACAUAUCAAUUCCGGACACUGUCGAAGCUCAUCGUCAGAACAGUAAAAAGCAGGAUAUGGAGAAAGGUGGUUAUCAGGAAGAAAUACAAAUAUUGAAUAAAGCAUACAGAAAACAGGAAGAAGAUGGCGACAGCAAUUAA